AUGGAAAGCGAGAUAUCAAAUUUCCCACCAACUAGUGCAAUUUUCCUCCCAUCUAAGAACAACAAACAUACAAAGAAAGAUAAAUUGUCAGCUAUAUCCAAAGCUGAAUUAAUGGGAGGAUUUCAACCUACUUUAACUGAAAUAAUUGAAAGUACAAGAGAAAAUAACCCAUUUGACUAUCAAAAUUCACAGAAAUCUACAUCAAAGGAGCAAUCUUCAUCAAGUUGUUUUGAUUCUCCGAAAAAGAUAAGAUCUUCAUAUUCUUCAGAUCCAUAUUUUCGUAAAAAGAAUGAACUUAGACGAUUCAUAUCUGAAGAAUUUGCAAGAUUAAUCAAUCAAGAUCAUCAGGAAUAUCUUUCAGCUUAUUCCAGGAAAGAAUUGAAUGUCUGCGGUGGAUUCCCUAAUCAUAGAAUUCGUAAGCAAAUGUUAAUGAUUGGUUUACUCUGA